CAGGUCACUUUCAACAUGGAGAGUGGAGCAGGGAAGCAUUGGACUGAGGAGGAGGUUAAAGCCUUGUUAAGCGUCUGGUCAGAAAAAAACAUCAGAAAGCAACUCCAUGGCACCCUGAGGAAUAAAGGGAUAUUUAUCUACAUUGCUAAACGGUUGCAGGAGUUAGGAGUUUGCAGGGAUUGGAAACAGUGCCGUGCAAAGUACAAAAACCUCAAGUAUGAAUACAGAACGGUUAAAUAUGCCCACAACUCUGGGGAUGUCACUAAAACCAUGAAGUUUUUCCAUGACCUGGAUGCCAUAUUGCGAUAUGAACCUGUCACACAAUUAGCGGCAGAAGAGAACGGCAUGGGUUCUGUGACUGAGGCGCAGCUGAACACGAGCCCCACAGCCGAGAGCACGCAAGGUGAAAUAUCAAUUUCUUUAGAAGAUGAUGAGGAUGCUCCAGGAGAUCCACUACUUUUUAUGUCUCAUGUCAGACCUGUUCAACUAGGUAAUCCAGCGUCAGCAAUAGAGGCUUCCAAAACAUCGACUUUUAUCCCAACAGUAGCAAAUGAAGGAGGAAAACACUGGACUGUUAAUGAAGUCAGAGCUUUGAUACGCAUAUGGUCAGACAAAAAUAUCCAGCAACAACUAGAGGGGACAGUGAGAAAUAAAAGAAUAUUCGAACAGGUUGCUGCUAGACUUCAAAAGUUCGGGAUUGACAGGGACUGGAAGCAGUGCAGGACUAAAUACAAAAAUCUGAAACAUGAAUACAAGAGUGUAAAAAGUGCCCAAGACUCAGGGAGUGCAAGAAAAAGUAUGAAAUUUUUUAAAGAACUGGAUGCUAUUCUGGGCCACAGCACCAUGGAACAAGCAAGUAAAUCACAUAAUGAUGAAAGUGAGAGGCCUCCAGAAGGGACAGAAGCAAAAUCAGAAAAGAACUCCAUAGAAAUGCCUGGAGACACAGGUGAAGAGGACUCUGUUAGUAAUAUGUCAGAAGACCUACAGGUUGCAGAUAUAAAGAAAUUUUCUGACUCAGAUGAUGUUACUGUAAAUACUACUCCAGAGAACUGGGCAGCUCUGCGUAUAACAAAAGAAACAGCUAUGCCAAAAAUCCUUGAAGAUGAGGGGGAUUUUGCCAAUUCCACUCCGGCAGCUCUGGAAGCUACACAAAUAAAGAAGGAGACGAUUGACAUAGAUGAUGAUUCUAUAAGCACUACUUCAGAAGACAGAUCUUGUACACCAGUAGCAAAACGGAUGGUCGGGACAGACAGCCAUGUUCCCUUGGAAGAAGCACAAAAUCACUUUAAAGUUAUUACAGUUAACGAUACUGGAGCAGGAAAACACUGGAGUGAUAAUGAAGUCAGAGCUCUGAUAAACAUAUGGUCGGAUGAAAAGAUACAACAAAUGCUUGAAGGGGCCACAAGAAAUAAAGAAAUAUUUGAGGAAAUUGCCCGAAGGUUAAUGAAACGUGGCAUAGACAGAGACUGGAAACAGUGCCGCACAAAGUACAAGAACCUAAAAUAUGAAUACCGUGCACUGCAGAAGGAAAACGAGCACCUUGGUAAUCCCAGGAGAAAAAUGAGAUUCUAUGAUGAAGUUGACUGUAUCUUAAGAAGACAGCCGAUGGGUCCCUCAGGCUGGGGAUGUGAAAGUUCAAGUCUCCUAUCAGUUUCAGUGGGAGAUGUAACAGUGAACACAGGAUCCUUGAGUAUCAAGAGAAAAACAUGGACUGAUGAGGUGUCACCUGUUCCACUUAAGAAAAGUGCUUCUGAAAACGCCAUACUCCACUUCCAAAAGCUAUUAACAGAGAGAGUGCACACAGUAACAGAAGGCAAAAAGUUACUGUUAGAAAGGCUUUGUAAGCAGGAGGAAAUGCAAGACCUCAACAGAACACAGCGGUAUGCUGAUCCAUCAGCCAUACAACAGGUUGGUUUAAUGAACUUUUUAACUAAAUUAGCAUGCAAAGAGAUUCUCUCAGAUAGUAGAAAAUUAGACAGACAUAUUUAUCAGUGUAGAUCACCCACGAGUGUAUGCUUUCUCCCCUUUAAUAUAUUCACCUUCUGUCAUAUAAACGCACGUCCGAGAACUGCUCCGUCGGCGGUGCCGGCCCGGGACUCGGCGGGGCAUGCCUUGCUCUCCGCCAAAGGGAUGCUGCCGGGUCUCCCGGCCGGAGCGGAGCAGGAGGAAGGAACGGGACGCUCUGGAGCGGACAGGCCCCCGCCCGCGCCGCUCGCCUCCCACCCCGCUCCUGCCGCCGCCGGUUGCACAUGCCGAAGCGAAACCCCGACCACCGCGGGGCAGCCGCAGCGGCCCGGCCCGCUGCGGAGCCGGUGUUUUGGGACGGUGACCCUCUCCAUCCCGGUCCCGUGCCCCCUCACUGCCUUACCUGUGCUGCAGCCCCACCAGCCCCAGCGUGAUCACAUGGGGCACGUCCAGCUCGGUGGGCCACACGCCGGAGGCGAUGCAGCCGAACACGCCGCACUCCUCCCGGAUGCCCAGCUCCUCCAGCUCCAUGGCGCGGCCGGCACGUGGCGGCGCGGCCCCGCUCGACGGCCCCGGUCCCUCUCCCGCUGCGGCGGCUCCCGCGCGCUCCUGCCUGCGCUGCGCGCAGCCAACAGCGCCGCGCCGCGCGGGGCCGGCAGUAGCCUGGCGAGGCGGGCUCCCUCAUUUACAUACGGGGGGACCCUCCCCGGCCCUGGCCCCGCGCCCACCGCACGCCGCAAGGCGGGGGCUCGCCCUCGGGGCGGCAUUGGCCGGGAAGCGGGGCCGGGGCCGGGGCCGUGUUUGCACUGGGAGGAGGGCGCCCGGCCGGGGCUCGCCCGCGGAACGCGGCGGGGCGGAGAGGGGCGCGUGUCUGCUGCCGCUCCCGCCGCCGUAGCCAUGGCCCCCGCAGCAUCAGACCUGAAACUUGGUAAAAAAGUUAAUGAAGGUAAAACAAAAGAAGUGUUCGAGCUGCCAGAUAUGCCGGGAUGCGUUCUCAUGCAGUCAAAAGACCAAAUAACAGCGGGGAAUGCGGCCAGGAAGGACCGAAUGGAGGGGAAGGCUGCCAUUUCUAAUACAACAACUAGCUGUGUGUUUCAGUUGCUGCAAGAAUCUGGAAUCAAAACAGCUUUUGUCAGGAAACAGAGUGACACAGCAUUUAUAGCAGCUCACUGUGAAAUGAUCCCAAUUGAAUGGGUGUGCAGAAGAAUUGCUACUGGCUCCUUUCUCAAAAGAAACCCUGGUGUUAAAGAAGGGUAUAAGUUCUAUCCACCCAAAAUUGAGAUGUUUUACAAGGAUGAUGCUGCUAAUGACCCACAGUGGUCUGAAGAGCAGAUAAUUGAAGCAAAAUUCUGUUUUGCUGGACUUACUAUUGGCCAGACUGAAGUGGAUAUCAUGGCUCGUUCUACUCAAGCUAUUUUUGAGAUCUUGGAAAAAUCAUGGCAGCCUCAAAACUGCACUCUGGUAGACCUGAAGAUUGAAUUUGGUGUUAAUGUUCUGACAAAAGAAAUCGUUCUUGCUGAUGUUAUUGAUAAUGAUUCAUGGAGGCUGUGGCCAUCAGGAGACAGAAGCCAGCAGAAGGACAAACAGUCCUACCGUGACCUGAAAGAAGUGACUCCUGAAGCACUGCAAAUGGUUAAGAGAAACUUUGAAUGGGUUGCAGAAAGAGUGGAGUUGCUUCUGAAAACAAAGAGCCAAGGUAGAGUUGUGGUGCUGAUGGGAUCUCCCUCUGACCUCAGUCACUGUGAAAAGAUAAAAAAGGCAUGUGCAACCUUUGGAAUUCCAUGUGAGUUAAGAGUGACCUCUGCUCACAAAGGGCCGGAUGAAACCCUGAGGAUCAAAGCAGAAUACGAAGGAGAUGGAAUCCCAACAGUAUUUGUUGCAGUAGCUGGCAGAAGCAACGGUUUGGGACCAGUAAUGUCUGGUAACACUGCUUACCCCGUUGUCAACUGUCCUCCGCUCUCAGCUGACUGGGGUACUCAGGAUGUGUGGUCGUCUCUCAGACUACCCAGUGGUCUUGGCUGUCCUACUACUCUGUCACCUGAAGGAGCUGCCCAGUUUGCUGCCCAGAUAUUUGGCUUAAACAACCAUUUGGUGUGGGCCAGACUGCGAUCCAACAUGUUAAACACCUGGAUCUCCUUGAAGCAGGCUGACAAAAAACUUCGAGAGUGCACCUUGUAAGUCAUCCCAACAAGUAACUGCCAUUAGUUAUGCAAAGAGAAUGGCGUGCAUAUUCAUUCAUGUUAGGAUUUACACUUGGGGGAGCAUGGAAGUUCUGCAUCCUUUCUUACAGAGAAAGCAUUGACAGAGCAGCAGAUGAGGUCUGUUGUGUCCUCAUCCUUCCCAUGUGUAUUUUUUUUUUAAUAUAUAACAACUUAGUCAAAGAUGGGGAAGUAGUAUUUUAGGUAUCCCUUUCUGUUGCUCCAAAAUGGUGCUGUUUGGCUUUUUAGUGUAUACUGUUAACUACAGACUAUUUCAAGAGAAUGACUUGGUACAAUCUAAGUAGAAUUCAACUAGUACUCUGUAUUUCUGUGACAGUAAUAUUCUUCCAUAGUAAUAAUGUAUGUCUUGAACCUUAUUAACUCGACUGGGCUGCUAACUGAAGCCAGUGCUGAUGCUGUUCUGCUUGCAAUGAAGGUAUGCUUUCCUUAGCAAUAAAAUGGCAACAUAUGCUAUAUUAAAAGGAAAAGGGGCUGGAAAAGUGAUUUACGAGCUUGAAAUAAAUACCUGCCUUAUUUAAAAAAUGUAUAUACAUACAUAAUCUGUGUUGUUUUUUUUAAAAUGUGUGUGUAAUGUACGCCACUGAUACCCUCUGGAAUGAUGUGAUAAAGUUGACACCAAUUCUCUUGUUCAUAACAAGCUAUAAGUACAAAUGAACAAAUAGGCUUUGUUGUGGUCGCCUGCUGUAACUCUUAUCUAGUCCAGGCUUUGCCCUUUUAAAUACCAAGCAGAUAUCUACCUUCAGUAGUUCUGAAGCGCCUGUCUGAUCUUGUCAAACUGUCUUCAGACUACACUUCAGUAACUCUAGCUAUAACAUCUUUAUUUCCUCACACUGUUUCUAUAGAAAACGUACUGAAGUGGGGAAUCUAAGCAUGACUGAUCUUCUGAGUACGAUUCUAACAAAUAUGCAAUUACUUGAUAUAUGUAACAUCUAUGCUUUUACAAUUAUAAAUAAACUAUGGAAUUCAAAGCUG